AUGACAUCCACUCCCCUUGAUUCGUUUCGCCAAGAUCGACCGCUGGCCGAGUCGAUUGCCGUUGCCACAAGGAGCAUUCACUCCCGGCUUAACAAGCUGAUUAUUGCGAGGCUGCCGCUAGUUUUGCCCCCUCAGGCAGGCGAUUCCUAUGUCUACGCCUCGGGCUUGCUGCACAUUGCGCCAAUUUACUCAACCUUUGAAUCAUCGUGGCAAGAGAUUGUUCACGAACCUGCGGAACAGGCUGGAGAUGAUGAUUCACAGGAGCCAGAUACUCGCAAACCUCGCAAACCGAUUGUCUCGGAUGGCUUGCGAGAAACGCUGGACCUCUUGCACAUGCCCGGGCUGAUUCGUACGGAUCGUCUUGUCGCGGAUAUCCAGUCCAUGACGGGGUGGACCGCAGCCGAGACGAGGGAGCAGAUGGCCAUUGUGAGCAAGACGGGUCAUCUUGCUGAGGUUGUGAACCACAUUGGUCGGGCUAUCAAGAACAAGCCGCACGUGCUGCUGGCGUACUCGUACAUUAUGUACAUGGCGCUUUUCGCGGGUGGUCGAUUCAUACGGGCCACCCUUGAGUCUGCGGGCAGGGAGUUUUGGGAUAAGGUGGCCACGAAUCCUCCCUUGAUGCCGGCUUGGAGAUCUCGCGAGCCAACAGAUGCAAGAAACGGGACGGCGGAAGGGGAGCAAGCUCAGCAUUCUUCUGGAAACUCUUCCGGCAGGCUGCCACUUGCAUUUUUCCACUUUGACACCCCCGAGGACGGCGAAGACUUGAAACGAGACUUUAAGCAGAAACUCGCUGAUUGCGAGGGAAUGCUCUGCUACCAGGAAAAGCAUGACAUUGUGCAGGAGGCGAUUUGCAUAUUCGAAAACAUGAUUCUCGUCGUUGCCCAGCUGGAUCAUGUCAUGGCCGCUGGACACAACAUCGAGCCGUCCAUUGACAACCCAGUCUCGGUACGGUCUGUCGCCACGAUCAUCAAAAAGCCCAUUCCGCUUCAUCGCUUCCGAGACAGCGUCGUAGUCACCAGAGAACGCAGCGCAAGAGGCUCAUCAAACAGGGCUUCUGGCCUGUCUGGCAGCGAUACCACCGGUGACAGUGACGAGGAGUCGACACCGGAAAGCAAUACUACCCCUGCCCGCAUUCGAGAAAAUACACCCCUUUCCCACUACCCUGACAACCAUCCCACUAUUCCCUCCUCCACAGGCAUAGAGUUGUGUCCGGGGCUCUCCAAAUCGGUGAGAUUCGAAAAGACACUCCCUCACCCCUCGAGGGGCCACGGCGGCGGUAGCACGAGCGACUCGGCAACGGACUUGGCCGAGAGCCUCAAGAUGGCCUCGAAACGCCUGCGUCGGGAGCAAGUUACUAAUUGGGUAUUGGGGAUAGCGAUCGGGAUGAUCAUAGUUGGGGCACUCUUCUCGGGCCGACGGGCCGCAUCCUUGGAGUAG